GCACCAGCGCCACCCAGAGCUCGGCCAGCAUCCCGAUUUGGCGUCCGCGGCCUGGAGAGAAAUGGCGGCUGGGGUGCGGGGGAGGCAGAGGAGGGAGGCAUAGGGUGAGGAGGCCCGGAUUCUGCCCAGGACCGAGGCCCCGCGAGGCCACGGAGCGCGCAGCUCCUGCCCCUGUGCCCUGCCUGCAGGUCUGCGUGUCAUUGGUUCCCAGCACCUCUUGAAGCCAGAGAGCAGGAGCAACCUGUGAGGACCCCCUGCAGCCCAGGAGAAGGGGGCAUCUGGACAUGGAAACAGCCCGCCAUAAAAACGAGGGACCACUGGAAAACGAGGGGCAGCCUGCAGAUGAAGUGGAGCCUGAAGAUGAAGACAAGUCCGACGAGGAAGCCAAGUGGGAGGAGGAGGAGAAGGGCAAGGGCGAGAGACAGCUAGGGGACGAGGGCGCACCGGGCGCUGAGGGCCGAGCAGUCCAGGAGGGCCAGCCUGAGAAGCAGGGCCGGGCGUCCGGGGCGGGCCAGCCCCCUACCCAGGGCCAGCCCGCAGCCCCCGCGGCGCCGCCCGAGAGCGAGCGGCGCGCCGCUGAGAAGCGCCCGGCCGAAGACUACGUGCCCCGCAAAGCCAAACGGAAAACGGACCGGGGCACGGACGACUCCCCCAGGGAGUGCCAGGAGGACUUCCAGGACCGGCAUACCAGCAGCGAGGAGAUGCUGAGCGAGUGCGCCGACGUGUCCAGGGCGCAGGAGGAGCUGCGGAAAAAGCAGAAAAUGGGCGGUUUCCACUGGGUGCCUAGAGAGGUUCAGGAUCCCUUCACCCCCCGGGGCCAACGGGGCGUGAGGGGCGUGCGGGGCGGAGGGAGGGGCCAGAGGGGCUUGCACGACGUCCCCUACCUGUAG